AUGUCGCCACCCCCCCCGCCCCGUCGCUCUCCCCCGGCACUGUCUCCGCACCCGCAGAGCUCCCAGGGUCUCUCCAUGUCCCCAUCCCCCUUCCUCCGUCCCCAGGGACCCCUCCGGGGCAUGGUCCCCCCUGCCCCCCCGCCCCCCGCCAACGAACCCGGUGUCCCCCGGCACCGCCGCGCCACCUCCGUGCCACCGCCGCACUCUGGACCGGGGACACCCCACGGCCCGCGCCCAGCGCCCCACACCCGCCGCCCUUUGCACCCUCCCUGCCCCACCGCGGACCUUGCCCUGGGUGGGGGGGACUCGGGGCAUCCCGCCGUGGGGGACCCCCGGCCCUGCCGGGAGUCGUGCCCGGGCUCAGGGGAGGGCGAGGAGCCAGCGGCGAGGCUGAAGGAGCGGGAUCCCCCCGCGGGUGUGAAGAGCCGCAGGCUCAGCGUCUUAAAUUCCCAAAUCCCAAAUCCAAAUCCCAUCAGCGCCCCGAGCUCCUCGCCGGAGAGCGGGGAGGACGGCUGUGCCAACCCCGCACCCGCUGCCAAGGCUGCCACGGUGCCACCAGCCCCGGCGCAGGGACCAGCGCCAUCCCCGGCCGCGUCCCCAAGUGACCCCGUCUCGCCGCUCUCGCGUUUCCCAGGCCAGGGCGGCGUCCCGGGAGCGGACACGCGGGACAGCCGGGCACCGGUGCCACCCGGGCACGGCCACUCCGGGGUGGGACGCGUCGCUGUCACCUCUCAAUGCUCAAGGCAGGGAGGACCCCGGGCCCCCGCGCUGUCCCCGCCCGCCGGGGCCGCCUUGGCCGCGCUCGCAGAAGCGUUUGCGCUGAGACCGCCCCCACGGACCCCGCCGUCACUCCCCGGGCACCGCGACGCUGCAGAGAGGAGCCCCUCCUGCCAAGAGCCGCUAAUGAGAAACAAACGGGCUCCUCGGCCGCGGCUGCUGCCGGCCCACACACCUCCGGCCGCGGGGCCGGCCUUGCACCACCCGGUGCCCUCCUGGCAGCGGCCCCGGGCACCUGCAUCCUCCCCACCUGGCACCGGCACCGGGCAUCUGCAUCCUGCCCAGCUGGCACCGCCGUCCUCGCCGUCAGCGCAGUCCCUGGGCACCUCCAUCCUCCCUGUCCGGCACCACCCCCAGCGCCGGGAGGAGGGGAGGAGCGCGGCAGAAGGGCAGGGACCCCCCGAUUCCCACCGCGGGGAGGGGGACAGGGCCCCGGGGCCGGGCGGGUUCCUCGAGCGAGCGCGGCUCGGCCAGGCCGUGCCGGAGGGACGUCACGGGGCCGGCUCCUCGCCGGCUUCCUCGAAGGAGCCGCCGCUGCCGCUGCCAGGCCCUCUCCCGUUCCGGCAUCCCUCCGGCAUCCCUCCGGCAUCCCUCCGGCCGGGCCCGGCCCCGCUGCGCCGCCAGCGCCGGCGGCUUCCUGCGGAGGCGGAGGAAUUUGGCUCCCGGCCCCGGGGCUGGUGCCGGACAGCGCCGGCAGCGCGGGACAGACGGGACUCCACCGGCAGCGGGAGCAAUACCGGGAACAAUACCGGGAACGGGAACGGGAAAGGGAAAGGGCUCAGGCCCCUCGGGGCGCUGAGCCCCCCUCGGGGUGAGCAGGGUGGGGCCCGGCCCGGCAUAAAACGGGGACCCCCCCAGAGCCCCCCAGAGCCCCCCCAGCUCCCGGCACAGCCCCCGGGCCCCCUCCCGCUGCCGACGUGGAGGCUGCGCCGGAGACGUGUCAGGGGUGGGGAGGGAGCCAAGGGCAUCCUGCGCCUGCCCCAGAUUUCGGGGGGGCCCGGGGGGGUUCGGGCCGUUCAGCAGCCCCGCCAAGGGAGGAGGCAGCGGCCAGCGGGAUCCGUCCCGCACCCGCCGGGUCCCCGCCACCGCCGCUGUCCCCGGGCCACGCCCACACGGACACACCACGCCCAGUUCCCCCAGUUCCCCCAGUUCCCCCCCUUCCAGUCCUCCCCCCCCCCCCCCCGCUCCAUUUCCACGACGGCCGAGUCCCGCUGCCAAAGGGACGUGGCGGGACGGGGGGGACACCGGGACCCCCCUGCAGCCGAUGGGGGUGGCGGGGGGUGCUGGCCCAGCCACGUGGCACCGGAGCCACCGUCCCCGCCAGGCUGCGGGCCCCGGGCCAGCGGCGAGCGAUGA